GUUCUCGUCUUUUUACUUCGAGCGUGACGUCAUCACCAGAAGGAAGAGACCUGCCCGGAACGAUGACAUUGGCGAGGAUUUAUAUGAAAAUGUAGUUUCCAUCUUCAAUUACCCAGGCAGAGGUAAAGGUGCUGCGACACAAUGAUACAUCCUGGGUGGGGAAUUGCAAAUUGCGCAUACUUAUAUCCUCAUGAAUUGUCCAGAAAUCUCACCGUUUUAUCAUGAAUUCCGAGCUUCUUUAUCAGCCUUUCCUGAGAAUGAAAUUGAUGCGUUGGUGGACUCUGAUUUUGUAAAUUGGUACAAGUAUCAGAUCAAUAGUCGUGGGAUUGUCGACCCUUUGUUAGUAUCAUUAGCGUGGGGCCCAAGUGUCAGUGCCAAAGUGUGGCGGCAAUAUGUGAUAAACGGUUACACAUAUCACACAGCCGAUUACGGACAGGGCCGACCAACAACGAACAACGGGUUAUGUGUCCCGACCAUCGGUUAUGAUAACUCGGAAACCAAUUUUUUUGGUGUCCUGCAGGAGAUUCUGGAACUUGAGAUGCCUUCUGGUGUGCAAAAAUUGACAUGCGUUCUGUUCCGCUGCACAUGGGUCGAUCCCACACGUGGCGUGCGCAAAAAUCCGAAGUAUAAUAUGAUUGACGUCAACCACUCUCGUGUGUACCCGAAAAAUGAGCCUUUCAUACUCGCCCAACAAGCAGCGCAGAUUUAUUAUGCAGAAUAUCCUUCAACAAGGCGGACCCAGAAUCCUUGGGUGUGUGCAUGUCCUGUCCGUCCGAACAAAAUUAAAUCACAAACUCAACACAAGGACGUUGAUCUAGAUGCUUUUCAGCAACAAUUUUUCCAACCUCCGCCUAUUGUUGAGACGGUCAACUAUAACGUCCAAUUAAGUGAUCCAAAUGGCGGACGUGUUGAAGUCAUGCCAGAAACGCACCUUCCGCACCUAACCAUUCCAUCUGAGCGCGAAAUUGAGGAAAUGUAUGUAGCACAACAAAACGCUCAAUAUCAGGAAGAAGGUGAAUGGAUAGACGGUUCAGAUACAGAAGAAGAUACUGUAUAUGUAGAAAAUGACGAUUCUGAUAACGAAUAAUUGUGCUGUUGUAAUUUCAAUUUUAUUGACUUCUAAUAUUUGUGCUCUUUUCUUCAUCAUUAUAUUACUCCAACAAUAUUUGAUUUUUUUUCUUCUUCAUUAUUAUUUAUGAACUAAAAAUUACUCCAUAUUAAUUCAAUUAUGG